AUGUCUUCCACAUCCAAGCUCUUUCAGCCAAUUCGGCUGGGCAAUAUGAAACUACAGCACCGGAUCGUCAUGGCCCCAUUGACUCGAUUCCGAGCCGACGAGGAUCAAGUUCCCCUUCCGCAAUGCCUCGAGUAUUAUACACAGCGAGCUAGCUCUCCCGGCACCCUAAUUAUUACCGAAGCAACCUCCAUCUCCCCGCGUCAUUCUGCAGGGCCACAUGCCCCCGGCAUCUGGUCGCAGGCCCAGAUCGAAGGUUGGAGGAAAAUCACCGAUGAAGUUCACGCGACGGGGUGUUUCAUGUACUGCCAGAUCUUUGCUCCUGGUCGCGCGGGCCACAAGGAGGAAUAUCCUCUAUACAGCUCCAGUUCUGUACCCAUGACCGAUGGCGACUCAGACGCGGUUCCCCAAGAGAUGACCGAGUCUGAGAUCUGGGAUUGUAUCGCUGAUUUCAAAGCGGCUGCUCUGAACGCCAUCAAGGCUGGCUUUGACGGCGUCGAGCUGCACGGGGCAAAUGGAUACCUCAUUGAUCAGUUCAGCCAAAGCACGUGCAAUAUCCGAACCGACCGUUGGGGAGGCUCUGUCGAGAACAGGUCCAGAUUCGUACUCGAAGCUACAAAGGCCGUGGUCGACGCAAUUGGACCAGAUCGGGUUGCUGUCAGGCUCAGCCCUUGGAGCACGUUCCAGUCCAUGAAAAUGGAUGUGGAGCUCGCAACUCGACAAUUUUCCCAUAUCAUCCGGGGACUCAAAGAUGUGCGACUCUCUUACCUUCACCUUAUUGAGUCACGGGUCGUAAACAAUGUGGACUGUGAGAAGAAGGAGGGCCUGGAGUUUGCUUUCGACAUCUGGGCCAACCAGUCUCCCAUCUUGGUUGCUGGCGGAUUCAACAGUGAGUCUGCAAGCAAGGCGGUGGACCAGGAAUACCGAGAUCACGAUACUCUGGUUGUGUUUGGAAGAUAUUUCGUCUCAACACCUGACUUAGUAUUCAGAAUCCGGGAGGGCAUAGAUAUGAAUCCAUACGACCGCUCGACCUUUUACACACCUGUAGAGACUAAGGGAUACACCGACUACCCCUUCAGCGAGGAAUUCUUGGGCAGGGCAUUGGUGUAA